GUGCGCUCGCGCGGAUCUACGUGAGCACUUCCCGGUCAGCUUUCCCCAAUGUCGAUUAAUCACGAAAAAAUAUAACAAAAUUAAAGGUUAACGUUGAACGAAUUCGAAAGACAAAACGAGGGGAAAAUAAAAAAUUUUAUCGUGGAUAAAAAAGAAAUAAAAUAAGAUCGAAGCGACCUAUUUAAAUAUAAAAUGAAAUUAAAUGGUGCCUUAAAUUGAAGUGGAGUAGAAAAGCAUCAAAUGUUUGUUGUACAUAAAUAAAUAAAUAAAAGAUUAAAAUAUCGAAUGAAGCAAACAAUUAUUCAGUUUUAUUAAAAAUAAUAAUAAUUGAGACGAAUCGUUAUUGUAAAAUAGGAAAUCUAGUGAAAAGUUCUGACAAAAUACUCGAGUAGGUCACUAGUUAAAAUAUUCAUGGUGCAUAGAUGACAAAUUCAUGAUUUUACGUCGAUGGACGAUUGACAUUUCACGUGUUAUUUUAUCAAGCACGAUCGAGAAAUCCUGUGGUCUGCAAACGCGAAUUGCCUCGAGCGAAGUGAAAAGCUAGACAAGGAAGCAAAAAAAAUGACUCUCUCCUGCUGGGACAAAUUAUCGUUGGUCGUGCUUGCGGCGAUUGGCCUCCGUAUAUUUAUAAGAUCGGGCGUAUUAGCGUGGAAAAAAAUAAUAGCGCCCGCAUUAGGGCUGGGAAUCGACGUCGCGAGCCAAGGGAAAUGGGCAGUUGUGACCGGCGGAACGGAUGGCUUGGGAAAAGCUUAUGCGAAGGCCCUCGCAGCUCGUGGUUUGGACAUCGUUCUCGUAUCGAGAUCGCAGGACAAAUUGGAUUCGGUCGCCGCUGAAAUAAAGGAGGCUUACGGCGUCGCGACGAAAACCGUAGAGGCUGAUUUGACCGAGGGACAAGCAGUUUAUGCCAAAAUUUCUAAAGCUAUCGAGGAACUCGAGGUCGGCGUUCUCAUCAAUAAUGCCGGGGCGAGUUACGAUCAUCCCGAAAUAUUCACACACGUUACGGAAGAAACAAUAGCGAGGAUACUACAAUUGAACGUAGCGGCUGUGACGGGCGUUGCACGUGCCGUGUUACCCGGCAUGAUGGAACGACGAAAGGGCAUUGUUGUCAAUAUAAGCUCAACCGCAGGUGCUAUUCCCAGUCCCUACCUCUCGGUUUAUGCAGCGAGCAAAGCUUACGUCGACAAAUUAAGCGCUGAUCUCGCUGCAGAGGCUGCACCGCGCGGGGUCACAGUUCAGUGUGUACUGCCUGGACCCGUUGCAACUAAAAUGUCGAAAAUCAAGAAAGCUACGUGGAUGGCACCAACGGCCGAUAAAUUUGUAGAAGCCUCGUUGAAAACAAUCGGCAUUGAAUCGAGAACAACGGGUUAUCCUCCGCACUCGUUGAUCCUCGGAUUCGUAAACGCGUUGCGCUGCGUGUGCGAAAAAGGCGCGAUUUGGUUGGUGGCUCGAACAAUGUUGAAUAUUCGAGGUCGUGCACUUAGGAGGAAAGAUAUGGGCGACGAGGGCAAGACCUUGAAAGGUCGAGGAGACGGUGUGGUUAGCGAUUAACUUGGAGAUUCAUUUCCUCCGUCGAAAUUGCGUCUGAACUCAUUGAUUUUGUUAUUGUUAUUAUUUCGAAGGAAAAUUAGAAAGAAAAUAAAUAUACGAAGUGUU